AAGCAAGAUGCCGAAUGGGGAUCGGAGCCGGAGCGGCCUAGGGCGACGCCGGGACGAUCAUCCGGCAAGGAGAAGGCUACAGCUGCCGAUGCCGACGCCGACGCCGACGCAGAUGGGGAUGCGGGCGCGAGGGACGGACGGCAUGCCGUCCCGUCUCUGGCCCCGCUCACGUCGUGGCCGCCAAAGGGUCUAGGGCCGCGCGACCAGCUGACGCCCCGCUCGGCCGCCGCCUGGAUCACCCGGGGCGCGACCGUGCACACCGGCCACCGACGGGCCGUCCCUCACAUGCCGGACCGGUACUACGCCCUCUACGUGACGACGCGACGAAGACGGAGCAGCCACGGCCACGACGACGGCGAAGAGGGUGACUCGGUCGACGCGCACGAUGCCAUGACGCAGCUCAUGAGCAUGACGCUGCGCACCAGAGAGCAGCAGCAGCAGCAGCAGCAGCAGCGGGAUCGUGACCGAGACCGAGACCACCACAGGACGGCCACGGCCACGGCCACGGCCACGGCCCGAUACCCGUGGGAGACGCUGGAGCAGCCCAGCUACGCCUUCUACUACGGCCGGCUAGGCGGCACCGUGACCUUGAACCAGUGGGCGUCCGGCACGAGCGUCCUGCCGGCCACGGUGGCCCUGCGCGACUCGGGCGUCUCCCCGCGGCCCAUGGACCUCUCCAGCAUCAUGGAGCGCCUGCGCGAGCUCCGCGCCGGCCUGGAGGACGACGACCCGGACCUGCUCUACAAGAUACUGUACCGGCGCAUCCUGCGCGACCCGGACCGCAUCCUCAGCCCCCACCGCACCCUGGACAGGCAGAUGACGGACCUGAUCCUCGUGCUCUCCCGGCCCGAGUGGAUCGACCUGACCAACCCGAGGAACCAGGUGGUGACGCGCUUCAUCUUCGACUGCGGCACUCCGGAUCCGAACGACGACCAGUCGACCGUCGUGACGGCGACGACGACCGAGCCGAGUCCGCGCGAGAGCGCCUCCGCCCUGGCGGCCAGGCAGGAGCAGUACCGCCUGUUCUUCCACCAGCUGCUGCUCAGCCUGGAGCUGGAGCUGAGGAUACAGAGCCGCCUGCACAAGGACUGGGCCAAGGAUAAGCUCCUACAGCAGAUACCGCCGUCUAUCCAGUGGGAUCUGGCGCUGGCGAGACGCUGGAGGCAGAAUGUCAGGGUCGAGGCCUUUGGCAAGGAUCCAGGUCAGGUAAAGCUCCGUUACAAGCGGCAGAAGAGACAGGUCAAGAUGCUCAGACGCUUCGCGAGGCUGAUGAAGUGGCCCAACCUGCACGAUACGCUGCACAGCCUCGAGCAGAGGGAGGAGGACGGAAGCCUGGACACGAUCAGCUCGGACGCCUUCGCCUUCUUCAGCGGACUGGUGGUGCCCGGCCCGACCUUCCCGUUCCUCAUCAUGAACUCGCUCAUCGACCUGGACCCGGACACGGCGACGGACGAGCUGGCCCUGCUGUCGCACAUGCACCCCCACUGCGGCUUCCAGUACCGGUCCAGCUACACGUACUGGACGGCGAGCUGCAUCGUAGGCAAGGUGCUGGCGCCGACGUGCCGCGCCGUGGCCGGGUGGGUGGGGCCGGCACGGCCGACGACGGACCUGGCGCGGUCGCAGAUCGCGCGCGUGCGCACGCGGCGGCCCGUCCAGACCCUGCUGCCCGAGGACGUCGAGUCGAUGGCCGAGAGGUCGGACCCGCUGGGACCCGAGGCGGAACGGUACCCGGUGUCGGACUACUCCAUCCUGGACGCGGACGAGUACGGCGGCGGCAACGCCACGGCCGGCAAGAACGGUGCGGCCUCCCUGGGGAGCCACUACGACGACGGCACGGUGCGCAUCGAGAUGCUCGGCCUGCGCGCCGCCGCCACGGCCGUAGGGUCGGGGGAGCGCAUGAACGGGCCGCGCGUGUUCGACGCCACCCUCCAGGUGGCCGUCGAGGGCGUCUCGUGGCCGCUGAGACUGAUGUACGACGUGUCCUUCGUCAGCGCCUGGCCCUGCUCCGGCGGGCCCCACCCCUUAUUCUUCGACUACGUGCAUACCCGCGUCAGGGUGCAGGACAUCAUGGACGUGCGCGACUGGGGGAGGCUGUACACCCCUAGGAAGCAGCAGAAGAAGAGGAGGAGGAGGAGCGACGACAGCGUAGACGAUGGCCACGACGACGACGAUGAUGAUGAUGGCCGCGACGACGACGACGACGACGACGACGACGACGACGACGACGACGAGAGGGUCCUCGUCGUCCAGGCCUUUGGGGCUUGCGAUAACGAGGUGCUUGCCAGGGCGUGGUGUGCUCACUGGGGGUUGAGUGCUGUCGUUGCUGAUGUGAGGAAGACU